AUGGGCACCCCGGGGCUGCUGCCGCUGCUGCUGCUGGUUCAAGCCUGCGUUCCAGCCACCUGGGGCCUGCGGUGCAUGCGGUGUGACAGGGCCGGGAAUUGCCAGGUGGAAGAGUGUGCCCCGGGCCAGGACCUCUGCAGGACCACGGUCCUGCGGGUUUGGGAAGACAGUGAAGAGCUGGAGGUGGUGGAGACAGGCUGUGCCCACCCAGAGAAGACCAAUAGGACCAUGAGCUAUCGGAUAGGCAUGCAGAUCAUCACCCUGACAGAGUCCGUGUGUGGAUUAGAUUUGUGCAACCGGCCCAACACUGGCCGGGUUCCCACCUUUCCCCGAAGAAGCCGGUACCUCGAGUGUGUUUCCUGCGCCUCUUCGGACCUGAGCUGUGAGAGGGGAUGGGACAACAGCCUCCAAUGCCGCAGCCCUGAGGAACAGUGCCUGGAGGUGGUGACCCACCGGAGCCUGGAAGACAGCCCAGAAGAUGAGCGCUACUCCCGAGGCUGUGGCAACCUUCCCGGCUGCCCGGGCCCCACCGGCUUUCACAACAACCACACUUUCCACUUCCUGCGGUGCUGCAACACCACCAAAUGCAACCGGGGCCCAGUCCUGGAGCUUCAAAACUUGCCACUGAAUGGCCUUCAGUGUUACAGCUGUCAGGGGAACAGCACCCAUGGAUGUUCCUCCGAGGAGACCUCCCUCACUGCCUGCCGGGGCCCCAUGAAUCAAUGUCUGGAAGCCACAGGCACCGAUGGGCUCAGGGCACCACCCUACAUAGUAAGAGGCUGUGCAGCGCCCUCAUGGUGCCAAGGCCUCCAUGUGGCUGAAGCCUUCAGGUUGACCCAUCUCAACGUCUCAUGCUGUACUGGAAAUGGCUGUAAUCACCCAACCAAGGAUGCCCAGUCCCGCAGAGGGGGCGCCCCCCGGCCAGGCCCUGCCUACCUCAGCCUCGCCAUCACCCUACUUGUGACUGCAAGACUAUGGGGAGGCCCUCUCCUCUGUACCUGAACUACACUCUCCCUGCCCUGGCUGGAUCCAGGGGACCCCUUUGCCUUCCCACAGCUCCCAGGCCUGCAGACUUGCAGUGUGACUUCAGGCCAGUGUGCUGUUUCCUCUGGGCCUCAGUUUUCCCAGCUGUGAAACUGUCUGUCUCGCAGAAUUA